AUGACGAGCCUGCGUGCCGCCCCUCAUCCCACCAUGGCCGCGGCGCUUCCCUCGCAGCAGCUCGCAACGUCGCUCACAUCACAUGCACACCUCGCAUCCGUCGCAGCAACCUCACGUGCGACUCUGAGAGCAGUCGCCCAACCGCCUCUGCGAUCGUCGCUGUUCGCCACCAGCACGUCCACCGCGUUCGCGGAGUCGUCGGGCCUCCUGGGCUGCAGGGUGGGGAGCAGCGCGCGGCGCGCGGCACGGCGUGCAGGGUCGUCGGGGCGGGUGGUGGUGCGCGCGGCGGUGUUCGACCAGCUGAGCUCGAGCCUGGAGCAGGCGUGGACCAAGCUGCGCGCGCAAGACAAGCUGACGCGCGACAACAUCAAGGAGCCGAUGCGAGACAUUCGGCGCGCGCUGCUGGAGGCCGAUGUGAGUCUGCCGGUGGUGCGGCGGUUUGUGCGCGAGGUGACGGAGAGGGCGGUGGGCGUGGAGGUGAUCCGCGGCGUGCGGCCGGAGCAGCAGCUGGUCAAGGUGGUGAACGACCAGCUCGUGGCGCUCAUGGGCGGCAACGUGGCGGAGAUCGCGUACGCGCCCGACGGCAAGGGCCCCACCGUGGUGCUCAUGGCGGGGCUGCAGGGCGUCGGCAAGACCACCGCGUGCGGCAAGCUCGCUCUCUUCCUCAAGAAGAAGGGCAAGACGAGCAUGAUGGUGGCCACGGAUGUGUACCGCCCCGCCGCCAUCGAGCAGCUGCAGACGCUGGGCGCGCAGGUGGGCGUGCCAGUAUACGCGGAGGGCACGGACGCACGGCCGGUGGACAUAGCACGGCAGGGCGUGGCGGCCGCCAAGAAGGCGGGCGUGGAUGUGGUGAUUGUCGACACGGCUGGUCGCCUGCAGAUAGACCGCAGCAUGAUGGAGGAGCUGAGGGGCAUCAAGGCGGCGGUGAGCCCCACGGAGGUGCUGCUCGUUGUCGAUGCCAUGACGGGCCAGGAGGCUGCUAGUCUGGUGGCGGCGUUCAACGCGGAGGUGAGCAUCACGGGCGCCAUCCUCACCAAGGUGGACGGCGACUCGCGUGGCGGCGCUGCUCUCAGCGUCAAGGAGGUGUCGGGGCGGCCGAUCAAGUUUGUGGGGGAGGGCGAGACGAUGAGCGCACUGGAGCCGUUCUACCCGGACCGCAUGGCCAGCCGCAUCCUCGGCAUGGGCGACGUGCUCUCGCUCGUCGAGAAGGCGCAGGAGCUGAUGGACAAGGAGGACGAGGCGGAGGUGAGGAAGCGCAUUAUGGAGGCCAAGUUUGACUUCAACGACAUGCUCAAGCAGACGCGCAUGAUGGCGCGCAUGGGGUCCAUGGGCGGCAUGCUCAAACUCAUCCCCGGCAUGAACAAGCUGACACCGCAGCAGGUGCGCGAGGCAGAGAAGAGCCUCAAAGUCAUGGAGUCCAUGAUCGGCUCCAUGACCAACCAGGAGCGUGCGGACCCGGAGCUGCUUGCCAAGAGCCCGUCGCGCCGCCGCCGCAUCGCCAAAGGCUCGGGCAGAAGUCAGGAGCAGGUGAGCGCGCUGAUCUCGCAGCUGUUCCAGAUGCGAGUGCGCAUGAAGGCCGUGGCUGACAUGGUGUCUGGCAAGUCCAUGCCCGCCAUUCCCGGCCUCGACACAUCCGGCGCCAAGAAGGCCAGUUCCGGCAAGGCGAAGCGGAAGAAGAGCCGAACUGGCUUUUCACAACAGCUAGGGGACAACACGGCAGUGGCUGUCGGAGCAAAAGGAUUCGCUGCGAGUAUGCGCCCGCCCUCCCGCUCCACCGUGUUCCCCACCCGUCCGCGCCUCCCCCUGCUAUCCCUCGCGCCGUGCCUUCUGCUACUGCUGCUCCCCCCCCGCAUCCCCUCCGCCUCCGCCUUCGCGCCCGACGCCAUCCGCAGCCUGCCGGGGCAGCCGCGCGGAGCGCCAGCGUUCGGGCAGUGGGCGGGGUACAUACCGGUGGGUCCGGCGGGGCGGAAGCGGCUCUUCUAUUGGCUCACGGAGUCCGUGGCGGCGCCUCUCACGAAGCCGCUCGUGCUGUGGCUCAACGGAGGGCCAGGGUGCUCGUCCAUCGGCUACGGCCUCCUGCAGGAGCUCGGGCCCUGGCGAGUGGCGAGCCCCGCGGGACGGCAGCUGCAGUUCAACCCGUACUCGUGGAACAAACUGGCGAACGAGUUGUUCCUGGACUCGCCUGCGGGAGCGGGCUUCUCGUACUCGCUGGCGGCCUCCGACCUCGCCACGGGCGACAACCAAACAGCCCAGGACACGGUGCAGUUUCUGCGCGCCUUCCUCCGCCGCCACCCGCGCUACAACGGGCGCAAGCUGCUGCUGGCGGGGGAGAGUUAUGCAGGCCACUACAUUCCGCAGCUGGCGGACGCGUUGGUGGCGAUGGAGGCGCGCCCGGCGCUGAGGGUGCGCAUGAGGGUGGGGGGCGUGCUGCUGGGCAACCCCUUCGUGCAUGCGCGCAUUGACUCCUCCGCCCGCGCGCGCUUCUUCCUCGACCACGGGCUCCUCUCCCCGCGCCUCUUCUCCCAGGCCGCCCAGUGCGGGUUCUCCCCCAACACGGUGCGGCCCGGCAUGGCAUGUGACGCUGUCAUGAACGCCGUUGCCACCGCUGACAGCGGCAUCGACCCCUAUGACAUCUACGCACCAGUGUGCCUCUCCCCCGCCUACCGCUCCCUUCAGCUCAACACGCAACGCUCUCGCCUCUCUCGCCUCUUCUCCUUCUCCUCUCCCCGCCCCUCUGCUCCGCAUUCCACCUCUCUUUCCGCCUCCUCCUCCUCACCCUCUCCCUUACACCCUGCCUCACAAGCAAGAGGGGCGGGAGGGGGGCUGGUGGGGGCAAUACAGGGUCAGAGCGCAAGUGUGUGGGGAGGAGAGGGGGAGAGCAGAGAGGGGGGAACAGGCGCAGUGAGGGGAGCAGAGGGAGCAGCAGGUGCAAUGAGUGGCGUGGACGGGGAAGAGGAGGCGGAGGGGCAAGCAGACGUGGGGUCAGCGAGCAGGGCGUGCAUGGACGUGUGGGUGCAGCGCUACCUGCAGUGGGCUCCCGUGCAGCGCGCCAUCCAUGCCAUGCCCGCUGCUGCUGCCGCCCAGCCCCACCAUUGGAUGCCUUGCAGUGCAUCACUGCAGUACGCCAGUGCGGACAUGGAGGUCUCAAUGCUGCCCGUGGUGCACCGCCUGCUAGCAGCGCAAGUGCCCCUCUGGCUCAUGUCGGGCGACACGGAUUCAGUGGUGCCGUUCACGGGCACGAGGCAGUGGGUGGCGGGGCUCAACCUGCCGCUGCUCGCCCCUCUCCACCCCUGGACACUCCCCUCCACCCAG